AUGAGCCCACUGGAAGUCAAGACCGAGACCAUCCACGUAGAUCUCAAACGCCUGGCCACAGACAUCAACUACGGCAAACAGCUGUCCCAAGGAAAAGGCUUCCGCAUCUACGACUCCUCCUUCUCAAAGCUCCUCGGUUCCAACCCCAGCAUCACCCAAGUCCAAAGUCGCGACUACCAAUUUGCACACGAAGCAGGCGUGUACAUCAAAUCCACCAACCGCGUCUACUUUACCGCAAACUUCCAGACUUGUGACCCCAUCGCUCUAUACUCUGUAGAUGCCACUUCCCUCAAAGUCAGCGACGAUGACUUUGAAGGUGUAGUACAAGCAAACGGCGCUUGCAACUACAAAGACAAAGUCCUGUAUUGCUGUCAAGGCGACAUGAGCAACCCUUCUGCCUUGGUGCUCACCGACCCCAUCUCAGGCACCUCGGAAACCCUACUCGACAAUUUCCAAGGCAGACCUUUCAACAGCAUCAACGACGUUGUUAUCCACCACGCCAACGACGAUAUCUGGUUCACCGAUCCCACCUAUGGCUACGAACAAGCCUUUCGCCCUUCCCCCGACUUGCCUUCCCAGAUCUAUCGCUUUGAUCCUUCGUCAGGGCGCACUUGGUGCGUGGCAGAUGGAUUUGUGCAGUGCAAUGGCCUUUGCUUUUCUCCCGACUAUAAAAAACUAUAUGUCACGGAUACGGGAGCUUGUCAAGCUCAUGGUGGUCCCAAGGAUGGCCAUAACUUUUCUAUGAAUCCUAGGUUACCUGCUACCAUCUACGUCUUUGAUGUCUGCGAUGAAGGCACUACGUUGAGUAAUCGCAAGACUUUUGCGUUUUGUGAUGCAGGGGUGCCUGAUGGGAUCAAGUGCGAUGAAGAAGGGAACGUGUAUUCGGGAUGCGGUGAUGGUGUGCAUGUGUGGAGUCCUCAAGGAACAUUGAUAGGAAAGAUUGUGACGGGAGGCUGUGUGGCUAACUUCUGUUGGAGUAAGGAAGGGAUGUGGAUGUUUGGGGAGGAAGAGUUGUAUUUGUGUAAACUUGGGGCCAAAGGUACUUUGGUCAGCAUUGAGUGUGAGUAG